GCCCAGCCCAGUGCCAGGGAGAGGAGAUGGGCGCAGGACGGGGCGUCCCCAUGGCCCAGCUGGCCCUGCUCACCCUGCUGGCCCUGCCGGGUGCCGGGGCGGUGACAGUGGAUCAAGUGAUCUCCCAGGCGGAGUUCUACCAGCGCACGGACCGAUCCCAGCAGGGGUCUGGGCAGUACAUGCAGGAGUUCGACCAGGAUGAGACCUUCCACGUGGACCUGGAGAGGAAGGAGACGGUCUGGCGCCUGCCUGACUUCAGCAAGUUCACCAGCUUCGAGGCCCAGUUCGCCCUGCGCAACAUCGCCAUAACCAAGAACAACCUGGAGAUCCUGAUCAAGAGGUCCAACCGCACACGGGCCGAGAACGUGCCCCCUGAGGUGACCGUGUUCCCCGAAGACCCCGUGGAGCUGGGGGAGCCCAACGUCCUGAUAUGCUUCGCGGACAAGUUCUCCCCACCUGCGCUCAGCGUCACAUGGCUGAAGAACGGGCAGGAGGUGACCAAGGGCGUCUCCGAGACCGACUUCUACCCCCGCCAGGACAACUCCUUCCGCAAGUUCUCCUACCUGCCCUUCCUCCCCAGCCAGGGCGACUUCUACGACUGCCGGGUGGAGCACGGGGGGCUGGCCGAGCCCUUCACGAAGCACUGGGAAGCCCAGGUGCCCACCCCCGUCCCCGAGACCACAGAGACCCUGGUGUGCGCCCUGGGCCUGGCUAUGGGCAUCGUCGGCAUCAUUGCGGGCACCAUCCUCAUCGUCAAGGGGAUGAAGAUGAACGCCGCCCGCAACCCGCGGGGCCCCCUAUAAACACAGGGAGGAGUCAGAGCCCUCGAAUCCGCCCGGUGCCUUCGUGGGACCCACUCGCACGGCCCCCUCCCCUCCCGCUGCCCCCAGCAUCCCUGCUCCGCUCCCGUCGGUGCCAGCUGCUGUACCCAGCCAGGAGCCCCCCCGACCCGUAACCGUGACAUCCAACCCGUUAGAGACUCACUGGGGAGCCGGUGCCUCCGGUUGUCCCUGCGCCCACUCUGUGCUUGGGAUGGGGGAGCCUAUGCAGGGAGAGGGCUGCUGCCCCGUGGGGUGGGAAUGGGGGGUCGCCCCCUCGUCAGGGGCAGCAGGGCCCACGGGGCUGAUCCAAACCCCACUGCCGUCAUGGGGAAGGUUUCUCUUGACUCCAGUGGGCGCUGGAUUGGGCCCCAAGCCCGGCCCCUAUUGGCCAGCGGCUGCUGUCAGUCACCCCAGGUAAAGCCCCUCCAGCCAUUACCCAGAAGGCUUUGGGCCUGAUUUGGCCAUUCCCGGUCAAUGGGGUCCCGGUGGGGCAGGAUCGGGCCCAUGGCUGGGGGUGGGGCAGCCCCAGUACCCGGCUAACAGCCCCAUCGCACCCGUGUGCGGCUCCCCGGGGUCCAGCCCUGCUGAGCCCAGCGCGGGGUCCGUGUGGGACGGGCCCAGUCCCUGUACAGCCCCCGCCCUGCGCCCCAGGUGUGUCACAGCCCUGCCCCCCCCCCCCCCAUCGCUCUGCAGCUUUGCUAACAGCAAUAAAGUGGGUUUGGGACGUU